ACUCAUCUUUCUUGUUGAGUUCAACAGAUAGACAGACAGAAAAAAGAAGAAACAUGGACAUGCUUACUGCCUUUGCCGUCCUCAUCAGUACUCUUUCAUUCUUAUUCCUCAUGUACAAACAAAAAUCGAAUGCUUCCAGCGGAAAGAGUCUCCCUCCCGGCAAUACCGGCUGGCCGCUCAUUGGGGAGAGCAUAGAGUUCCUUAGCACCGGGAGAAAGGGUCAGCCAGAGAAGUUCAUAUUCGAUCGAAUGACAAAGUUUUCAAGCAAGGUCUUCAAGACCUCGUUGUUUUGCGAGCCAGCUGCAGUGUUUUGUGGGGCAGCAGGGAACAAGUUCUUGUUCUCCAAUGAGAACAAACUGGUCACCGCAUGGUGGCCUAACUCUGUCGACAAAAUCUUCCCUUCCUCUAACCAGACCUCUUCGCAGGAGGAAUCGAAGAGAAUGAGAAAGCUUCUUCCGCAAUUUCUGAAGCCAGAAGCACUUCAAAGAUACAUCAGUAUCAUGGAUGUUAUUGCACAAAGGCAUUUUACAUUCGACUGGGAUAACAAACAACAAGUGGCUGUUUUCCCUUUAGCUAAGAUGUACACUUUCUCGAUAGCUUGUCGCUUGUUCCUAAGCAUGGAAGAUCGCGAGCAAGUGGAAAAGUUCGCCAAGCCAUUCGAGGUUCUGGCCUCAGCGAUUAUAGCAAUACCUAUCGAUUUUCCAGGGACACCCUUCAACCGCGGGAUCAAAGCAUCAAAUUUUGUGAGAAAGGAGCUGGCAAAGAUAAUCAAGCAAAGGAAGAUAGAUCUAGCGGAGAAUAAGGCAUCUCCAACACAAGAUAUAUUGUCUCACAUGCUAACCACAGCAGACGAGAACGGACAGCAUAUGAAUGAAAUGGAAAUAGCAGAUAAGAUUCUUGGUUUGCUUAUUGGUGGCCACGACACAGCCAGUGCUGCCAUAACGUUUGUUGUCAAAUAUCUUGCAGAGUUGCCUCAAGUCUACAACAAGGUUUUAGAAGAACAAAUGGAAAUCGCAAAAGCAAAAGCUCCAGGAGAGCUGUUGAAUUGGGAGGACAUACAAAAGAUGAAAUACUCGUGGAACGUAGCAUGUGAGGUAAUGAGACUUGCUCCUCCCCUCCAAGGAGCUUUCCGGGAGGCCAUGACCGACUUCACCUACGCUGAUUACACAAUACCUAAGGGAUGGAAGUUGUACUGGAGUGCCAAUUCCUCACACAGAAAUCCCGAGUGUUUCCCAGAACCAGAAAAAUUCGAGCCUUCAAGGUUUGAUGGGAACGGGCCUGCGCCUUACACGUUUGUUCCAUUUGGAGGAGGACCUAGGAUGUGCCCCGGUAAAGAAUAUGCUAGGUUGGAAAUUCUGGUUUUCAUGCACAACAUUGUGAAAAAGUUCAAAUGGGAGAAGCUCCUUCCUCAGGAGAACAUUAUUGUUGAUCCUCUCCCAAUCCCCGCUAAAGGCCUUCCCAUUCGCCUCAAUCCUCACAGCCCUUAAAUAUUUCAUACUUUACUUA